AGAGGAAGGAAACUGAUUCCGCUUUCAGUUUUAUAUAUCACUCUGACUUAGUAAAAUUCCAUUUGCCAUAUAAACGUGUAAGAAAACGUCUCUACAUGAGGACUGUUAAAACUCACUCUUUCUCUUCACUCUCAGACCUGGCUCCAGGUGGCUGCGGUACCACCAACCUCAGUGGAGUCUUCCAAGUCCCGGGGCGCAGGAUGGAUGGGCUGCAGCCGGGACGCACCUCCUACCUGUGGCGCCGGCUCUCGCAGGUGCUCAGGCAGCCAAGGCCCCGCCCCGGGGGCACCGCGCCGCACCGGAGUGGCCACCGAGGUGUCCAGGGGCGGGACCCUGGCGCCCCGCCCCCCGACCAAGCUAUAACUGCGGUCCCGGCAGGGCGGCCACGGGCGGCUGGAAAUGCGCGCCUGGACCCUGAGCAUGGACCUGGCGUGCCUCUGGCUGGGGCUGUUGCUGCCGGUGGUGGCUGCUCUGGACUACACCUACCACCACCAGGAAGCGAUGGAAGCAUUUCUGAAGCGUGUUGCCCAAAACUACAGUUCCAUCACUCACUUGCACAGUAUUGGGAAAUCCGUGAGAGGUAGAAAUCUGUGGGUUCUUGUUGUGGGCCGUUUCCCCAAGGAGCACAAAAUUGGGAUUCCGGACUUCAAAUAUGUGGCCAACAUGCAUGGAGACGAGACUGUGGGGCGGGAGCUGCUGCUCCAUCUGAUUGACUAUCUCGUCACCAACCACGGGAAGGACCCUGAAAUCACCAACCUCAUCAACAGCACCCGGAUACACAUCAUGCCUUCCAUGAACCCAGAUGGAUUCGAAGCGGUCAAGAAUCCCGACUGCUAUUACAGCAACGGAAGGGAAAACUAUAACCAAUAUGACCUGAACAGAAAUUUCCCUGAUGCUUUUGAAUACAAUAACGUCACCAGGCAGCCCGAAACCUUGGCUGUCAUGAAGUGGCUGAAAACGGAGACGUUUGUCCUCUCAGCGAACCUCCAUGGUGGUGCCCUUGUGGCCAGUUACCCGUUUGAUAAUGGCGUUCAAGCAACUGGAGCAUUGCUCUCCCGAAGCUUAACACCUGAUGAUGAUGUUUUUCAAUAUCUUGCAAAUACUUAUGCCUCAAUGAACCCUAACAUGAAGAAAGGAGACCAGUGUGAAAACAAAGUGAACUUUCCUAAUGGAGUCACCAAUGGAUAUUUUUGGUAUCCACUCCAAGGCGGAAUGCAAGAUUACAACUAUGUCUGGGCCCAGUGCUUUGAAAUCACGCUGGAGCUGUCAUGCUGUAAAUACCCUACUGAGGACAGACUGCCCUUCUUCUGGAAUGACAACAAAGCCUCCUUGAUUGAGUACAUGAAGCAGGUGCACCUAGGUAUAAAAGGUCAAGUUUUUGAUUAUGAUGGAAAUCCAUUACCCAAUGUAAUUGUAGAAGUCCAAGAUCGAAAACAUGUCUGUCCAUAUAGAACCAACAGAUUUGGAGAAUACUAUCUGCUUCUCUUGCCUGGGUCCUAUACAAUAAAUGUUACAGUCCCUGGGCAUGAGCCACACCUCACAAAGGUGGUUAUUCCAGAGAAAACCCGUAACUUCAGUGCACUUAAAAAGGAUUUUCAACUUCCAUUCCGAGGGCAACUGGAUUCCACCCAAGCAGCAAAUCCUUCAUGCCCAAUGAUUCCUCUUUACAAAAAUUUGCCAAGCCACUCAACUGCAACAAAGCCUAGUUUGUUCCUCUUUUUAGUGACUGUUUUGCACAUAUUUUUCAAAUAAAGUAAAAUGUGAAACUCAAUCCCCAUCACCACCUGGAAUCAGGGAUCACCCACUCCAGGUUACUGCAACUCUAACUCCCUCUAGUGGGACCUCAACUGGAUCAACUCCAGUCUUCCCAAAGAGAAGUGGAUGUUUCCAAAUCAUGCAAUAAGCAAUAUGUAUUAAUAAUGAAGGGAAUGACUCAGUCUCAAUAAUGAAUGAAUGAUGCCAGCCUAUCAAGUAUUGCUUAUUGAUCUUUAACUUCUACAAAUUUCUAAGACUCAAAUUUGAGACACAAAAAUAACAUUCCUACAAUGGAAAAGACAACUAAAGGAGCCAAUUUUGCAUGGAAAAAGAAGAUAUAAGCAACAAAAAUAAGCAUUGAUCAGUUACCUACCAAAUGCUAAACCUUGCCAUGAGUGCCAUAUAUGAAUGCCAUUGGUUCUCAGCCAAGGAAGAAAUGAUCAUAGGACUGGGAAUAUCUAGUUUUACAAAUGUUUAAUCUAGUUUUACAAAUGUUCGAAGAAACAGUGUGAAAAAAGAGAACCAUGUGUCCAAGGCCUGGGAAAAGGUGUCCACAAUGGGAUGACAAGUCUGCAGAGUCUCCAAGCAACAGGUCAGUUAAGUAACACUUCAUCCACCAGAGCUAGAGUCCUCACCUUCCUGAACCUGGACAUGGCAGUUAGGAUGUUGACCCCGAACAUCCAGCUCAGCCCUAAGCUUCAGACUCACAUCCAACUGCCCGCUGGACAUAAGCACCUGGACACAACCCGUAGGUGCCUCACAUACAUCGUGCUGAACACUUAGCAUGAUCUUUGCCUCUACAACUUCACUUCCUGCUAUACAAGAAAGUUCACUAAAACAAUUUUUGGUGCCAAAAAAAAAAAAUCUAUGUAUAGUGUCGGCAUGCUAGGUAUUUUCCCUGAGCUUCUUGAAGAUCCUUUCUGUCCUCCGUCUCAGUUACUAGUACCACUGCACUAGAAAUCUUGGAGGUGUCUGCAAAGCAACUAUUCUCUUGCCCUAUAGUCCAUCAACCAGUAGGCUGGUGUGAAUUAGAAAUAUUAACUCUACCUUCUGUUGCAAAAUGUAGGCCUCUCAUCUCACCUGUACCACAGCAAUAGCUGUAUUGGUCUCAUGGUCCUAACUUUCUCAAGCCCAUCCUCCAAAGCGCCGGGGAAGAGGGCUGCAGAGAACGACAGUCAACUGCUUACUGAAUGCACAUGUUACUUGGUCCCUGGCACUGCAGAGCCAUCCUGCUCACUGCAUUUUACUCUCCCUUCACCCACUAACACUUGGAGGUUUCAAUCCUAUUACCAAGUUUUGUGAACAGUCCUCCCAGCCAGGCAUUCUGGAAUAGGGCCACUCCUUUUUGGCCCGACAAAUAAACUGGUUAUGUUACUGGAUUUACAAUGCUGUAUUAGCCUUGCCUAGUAGAGUACGAGUUGUUUGAAGCCAAGAGUCUGUCUGAAAAAUUCAUUUGUGUAUCUUCAGAGCCCUCUACCUGGUUGGCAGUGAAUGAACAAAGUGUUCCAGCUUGUUGCUCGUAGUCCCAUCCACAGAUUGUAUAGGGCUUUGAGUUCAUUUUAUGAAGCUGGGGAUUGGAUGAUUAUCUGCAGUUCACUACUAAACACUGUCAGGAGUGUUUUUAGGUAUGCAUCAAGAGAACACUCUACCAAGGGCGUGGCGGCGUGG